AUGCAAGGGGUGAUAACUCUGCGCAUUGAUCGGGUAAUUCUGCACCAGAAAACACGAAGUGCAACCAGGAGACUGCUUGCGCCUGUCGGAGACCGCGUUUUGAAAAGAACCAAUAAGAAACCAGGUGUGUUGGAGGGUCACAAGAAUGUAAGCCUGUACCCAGUAAUCUACCUUAAACCAGGUUACGAAGGAAUCGGUAAUUCACGGUCGCAGUUGUUCUGCUUAUAUCGUACCGUCCGCAUCCUACGUUCGGUUCAUCAGAAGGCAAACAGUUCGGCCAUGGGUGACGAAAAGAAAGAAAAGAAGGAGAAAAAGGAAAAGAAGGAAAAGAAGGAAAAGGAGCACAAGGAAGAAGCGCCAGCCGAUGCUGCAGCCCCAGCAGAGGAGAAAAAGGAAUCAGGCGGGGGAGGAAAACGUGCCCAAAGAGCCACGUCCAAUGUCUUUGGCAUGUUUCCACAGAAUCAAAUCCAAGAAUUCAAAGAGGCCUUCACUCUUAUUGAUCAAAACCGGGAUGGAUUCAUUGAUAUUGAAGAUCUGAAGGAUAUGUACGCAUCCUUGGGUCGAACCCCAAGUGACGCGGAACUCAAAGAAAUGCUUGAUGAAUCCCCUGGUCCACUCAACUUCACAAUGUUCAUCAAUCUGUUCGGUGAGAAGCUGAACGGUACGGAUCCUGAGGACGCGUUACGAAAUGCAUUCGCAAUGUUCGACCCCGGCAACAAACGAUACUUGGAGGAGGAAUAUAUUAAGGACCUCCUACAGAAUAUGGGCGACAAUUUCAGCGCGGAAGAAAUUCGUCAAACUUGGAAAGAGGCUCCAAUCAAGGAAGGCAAAUUGGACUAUAACGAAUUCGUCACCCUAAUCAAACGGGGCAAUCAAGACCAACUUUAAACUUCCCGCUUUCUGCUGCGUCUUAGUUAAACGCCCUGCCUCACACAGCACUGCCCGAUUCGCAUCCACUGUAUUUUUUCGUGCUGUGACGCCUCCUCACCUCGAACCACAUUCACAGCCGCGGGGUCGUUGUUGUAACUAUCCCUCCUUUCUGUUUGACUCCUCAUGACUAUGCACAAUUACCAUUUUAGUGAAACCGAUAAAAAACGAUCCCCGCUAACUCGGAAGCUUCCAAACCAAUAACUUUGAAGCCUGGCUUUCAAUCACUGUUAUCCAUCUUCCUUUUUUCACGAUCAUAGUUUUGUCAAAACCAGUCCCUCUUAGAAUCACCCUAGUGAUCACCGCCUCUCACAUACUACUGAAUAGCAGAUACAGACGUUGUUUAAAAAUACGCCUCUACCGAUUACCUCUCUGCAAAAUCUUUCUGUUUGUCUGUUCGUUUGGGACCAGCACUCUUCCAGUUCUUGUAUCAAGCCGAUAUGAUCUAAGGGCAUUCCAAACUUUGUCUUUGCUGGUUUGUUUGACGAUCUAUCCUCAGACAGUCAUUAUGGUGUGAGCACACAUGUGAUGAUGAUGUCGGUUUCUUAUGUGGCCUUGUCACGCUGUGUACGUGUCUAUCGAUUUCAGCAGGAUUGGAUUGUUGGACAAUAAAGCAUGGACGGUCUUUUCAUCUAGGGGAGAUUGGUCCUACUUUUUCGAAACCUUUCUCCCCGUUCUGCGUUGAUCUUGAACUGGCGGAGAGACGUACAGGAAACCACGGUUUCAAAGUACAUCAUGGUCCUGGACAGUAAAACUGUUUCCGACUUGUGUUUGUUUAAAUAAAGCAUUGUUCGUUUGGCGACGGUGUAUGUUUGAGCUUUCCAGUUUGAUGUUAUACUUUCAUGUGGCAAAUACCAUACGAUUCAUUGAAACUA